GCCUGUUUUAGAUUCAAAUCAUUGCAACAGUGCGCACACGCCGGUCUGGUGCCAUCCAUCGUAUGCUGACUGACAGUUAGUCAAUCGCCCAUCCACAUGUACACGCACCUCAGGUAUGUGCAUGCCAUGCACUAACACACGCACGCACACAUCGUCGUCUCAGAGUGCCCAUAAAGACACUGACAGAAGAACGGGCGUUAAGACGUACAGGAAGCCCCGCCCCCCGCCGAAAGCAUCCCUCCCUCCCUCUCCGUGAUAACCCCUUCCUCUCUUAACUAUGGUGCAGGGGCGCUACAGCUGUCUCUGCCCACCAUUCAUUGAUUCAUCCCUUAGGCACUCACUCUGUGUACACCCACCCGCAGAAGUCAGUCUCGAGACUCCUCCUCUAGCCUUCCAUUGAUGGCCCUGUAGGUCAUCAAAUCGUCAUCCAUAGGCUCUUCCUUGAUCUUCUUGACCGACUUCAAAGUGCCACCAUCGGUGUAGUCGUCGUCAUCGGCCUCGCUCGCAUCAUGCCGCCUCCUGCCAGCCGCACCACCAUACAGCUGCGACGCCUCAGCAAUGGGCCUCCUGUCCACCAUGUCCGGCUCCGUCUCGUCAUCGGGGUCGACAGGCUCCCUCUUGAUGUACACCCGGUCGGUGUCGAUGACACUGGCGCCCGAACGAGAGGGAGAUGGCACAAACCCCUCGUCGUCGUCUCUGUCCAGCAAAGGCAGGUCUGCGGACCGGGGGCGGGAAUACGAGUCGGCGGCUGGCAGGCGAUGGUCGUAGGGAUUGUUCAUCGCCCCAGUGGCAGUCCUGGCCUUGUCGCCGUGCUGGUUGGGGAGGGGUACCCUCGCCAUCGACACUGGCGGGCCGUUGAGAGACGGAUAGAGGCGGCGGGACGAAGAGUGAGAGUGAGACUGAGCGUGGGUGUGCUGCCCUCGUGAUGAGCCAUCAUCACCUCCGCCCUGGCCGCGCCGUCGCUGCCUGAUGCCCGAUGUAUUGGCAUCAUGCCCAUCGCCGUCACCUCCCCUCCCCCUGCCAUGGCCCUGUCCGCCCCCCUCCCCCCCUCUGUGGUCGUCAUGAUUGUCGGGGUCGUCAUCCGAGUACCUCAGGUUAUACCUACCCGAGCGCCCCUCCUCUCCAUCCACAGAGUCCUCCAGCUCCUCUUCGUCUUCCUCCUCCUCUUCCUCGCCGUUGUCGUAUUCCUCGUCGCCCUCGCCCUCUCCCUCUCCCUCGUUGUCUCUCGCUGUGCGGUGCCUGCGAUGCCCCCCGCCGUUCAUGGGCGACGGCCCCUCUGACCCGCCACUGCCGCUGAUGCUGUCCUCGGACGAGCCAUAGCGGUAGCCACCGAUGGCCGUCGAGCUCUCCGCUGGCUCGCAUUGUGGGGGAGGGUGGGAGUGGGGGUUGUUGGGAUGGUGGUUGCCGACUGGCCCAUUGAUGUUAUUAUUGCCGUCGGCAGCCAUGUCGGUCUCAGCCUGUGGGAUGAUGUCUGGGAGGGGCUGGGGGCCGUACAUCUCCAGGAAACGUUCGUCUUGGCCGUCGGGGAUGGCCGGCUCUGACGACCAAGACAAGAGAUGCGGUGGGUGGCACGAAAAGGGUCGGGUUUGUUUGUUUGUUUGUGUCUCUCUCUCACCGUCAAAUUGCGGUUUGAUAUCUGCGGGGAUGGGGAAGGGCCACAUGACCCAGUUGCGGCCAAACACCUCAGUCAAGUGCAAAAGAAACGUGCGCUGCAAAGAGGCGCACACACAGACAACGGCACUGAUACACUCCACUCCACAUGGACUGAUUGACAGACGUGUUCCAUCCCUCUCUCCCUCCGUCCCUCCCUCCUUCUCCUACUUGUCUGCCGUGUGUCCUCUUGUAGGUCUCGACCAAUGUGGAGUUGGAGUCGAUGGCCUCUAUCUGCUCACUCAGAAAGUCCUGCGCCAAGAACACCGAACGAACAGUGAUGUGUGGGCAUCCAUCGUGCGUCAGUCAUCCCUCCCUCUGCAGCCAGCCAUUAGCUCACGAGAGUGAAGAAGAGAAAGAAGACCCCUUCAAGCGCCGCAAAGCAGCCGAAGGCAAGGGCCCACUCACUGGCCUGCGGGAGGGACAUAUAUCAACAGCCACAGCCACGAGAGCAGACAGCAGCAGAUGAAGGUGGUUGUCGCCUAGACUCAUUCAUGUCAGGUAUGGCAGGGGAGAGAGACCUCUACUCCUGCCGUGAGAUUGGCAGUGUCUCCCAGCCAUACUGGGUUCUUGGAGUGACGAAACCACCAGAAGGCCCCCAGCAUCAACAGCAGCACCGACGACAGGCUGAACAGCGCUGCACACAUAGACAGACACACAGACAGACAGACAGACAGACAUGCAACCAUAGUAACUAAAGCGAUGGAUGGAUGGAUGGAUGGGCUCUCUGUGUGUGGUGUGUUUGUGUUUGUGUUGCCUGCCUGCUAACCGACCGGUGUAGAAGAGGAAGAGGAUGAACAUCUUCUGGUUGUAGAGGCCCACGCAGUUGUUGAUCCACGGGCAGUGGUGAUCCAUCCGAAAUAUACACCUGCACACACACGCACGCACACAGAGGGAGGCGUACCCAUCAUUACACCGCUCCCACAAGCUUGUGCGUUGCGCCCACGCCCACAUUUUGCAGGUUUUGCAGUGGUGUGCCCUUGGUGGCUUCCAGUGGUUGUUGCACUUGUGACAGAUGCGGGCCUGCGGGCCGUGCGAUAAGGGAAACGGAGCCAGCCUCUGAAUGAAGCAAACACACACGCACACGUGCCCAUCCAUCCCAUGAGCGCAGCUGACCAGGCAGGGGUCACUCACUCUCUCUUCGUUGGCUGCUUUGCUUACUGGAUAUUUGUUAGGGCUGCCAGGGUCGCAGAAGAUGGCUUGUAGGUGUGCCAGAACCGCGAACACCAGCAAGGCUUGGUAGAAAAAGAACAGGAUCGUCCCCACAAUGUCAAAAGGAAUGCCUGACGUGGCCACGCACAGACACACACAACACAUGGAGAGCAAGCCAAGCACGAAUGAGAUAGAUGGUCUGUCGACAGACAGAUCAAGCCAGCCGCGGUUCGUUCGCGCCUCCCUACCUCUCCACCUACCCGGCAGCAUGGGGUCAUCUGAUGCGAACCACCCGUGGAAGGUGUACUUGAUCACCACCCAGUCACCAAACGCCAUCAACACCCACGUCUGCACCACAGCACCACGAUGCAUCCGAUACACAACACACAAUAAUACGGCACAUGUGCGCACCUGCCAUCCAUCGUGUUGCGUACCAGUACGAUGAAGCAGAUGCCCAGCGGGUCGCUAACGAACCACACUAGCGGCAUCCUCAGCCUACUCCGCAGUGAACAAGCUUCCAAGUCGCCCAGAGAGGACGGCAGAUGAUGGAUCAGCACGCGAGGUCGUCUGCAAGACCCCCUGUGCACCCUCUGAGGUCCAGUGAGUCUAGCGGUCACCCAGCAUGGGCUGCAACACUUUCACUGAAGCUUCACUGAAGCCGAGGAGAAAGCUGCAUUGCCUCAGCAGUCGAUUAAGCAGGCUGCAGGUCCUGCAAAGCCACGGG